GAUCAUUGCUCCGUGUCCUCUCUCCAGCCAAGCUGAUUAGUUCUGCUCACUGAACCUUCAAAUCUUUUGAUUUCCUCUCGAGACAUGUCUCUCCUGUUAUCUACUUGACUGCAGGACCAUGAAUUACUCCAUGAGGAAUCUGGACCAUGGCGCUGAUGGGGCUCCAUCUCCUGGGACUAACACUGUGGACUGGGACUGCAAUAAAGGCAGAUGCUGGAGACGAGCAGGUGAAGCCGACCCGAGCUCCUCUGAUGCCUCAUCAUCCCUUCAUUGUAGUCUGGAAUGCUCCGACUGAGUCCUGUCGCCUUCGCUUCAAGGUGGAUCUGGACCUGAAAAUUUUUGAUAUUGUGGCAAAUCUCAAUGAAACCCUUAGUGGCCCAAACAUCACCAUAUUCUACCACAGCCACCUGGGAUAUUAUCCGUAUUACUCCAACUCUGGAAUCCCCAUAAACGGCGGUCUGCCACAGAACCAGAGCAUCACUAAGCAUCUGAGCAAAGCCCGGGCUGACAUCGACAAGCUGAUCCCUCACAAGGACUUUAAAGGUCUGGGUGUCAUUGACUGGGAAAACUGGAGGCCUCAGUGGGUCCGCAACUGGGGUGCGAAGAAUAUCUACCGCAACAAAUCCAAGGAACAGAUAAGAAAACAUCAUCCACACUGGCCAGAGCACAAGGUGGAGAAACAAGCAAAGGAACGCUUUGAGAAAGCCAGUCAGGCCUUCAUGAACCUGACUUUGGCCUUGGCUGAAGGUCGCAGGCCUCAUGGACUUUGGGGUUUUUACCUGUUUCCUGACUGCUACAACUAUGGGUACAAGCAGCACCCUCAGCGGUAUACAGGAGAAUGCCCCAAUGUGGAGCAUGUUCGCAAUGAUCAUCUGAUGUGGCUGUGGAAGGGAAGCACAGCCCUGUACCCAUCCAUCUACCUGGACUAUGAGCUCAAGUCUUCUCCCAACACGGUCAAAUUUGUCCACUACCGUGUCAAGGAAGCCAUGAGGAUCGCAUCCAUUGCUCACCGGGACUUUACACUGCCUGUGUUUGUCUACUCCAGACCUUUCUACACCUACACCUUUGUAGUCCUUUCUGAGAGUGACCUGGUUCAUACCAUCGGGGAGAGUGCUGCUUUAGGGGCGUCAGGUAUCGUUCUGUGGGGAUCAUCAGAGUACGCUCGAUCACAGAGGAACUGCCUGAAGAUAAAGAACUACAUCGACGGUCCGCUUGGUCAUUACGUCAUUAACGUCACAUCUGCUGCCAAGCUGUGCAGCAAAGCUCUGUGCAAAAAGAACGGCCGCUGUGUCCGCAAGAGCCUGGAUUCUGGCACCCACCUGCACCUCAACCCACGCUUCUUCCACAUCCACCAUAACCCGGCCCCCACAGGGCCCCGCUUCUAUGUCCAUGGUCACCUCAAUAACCACGACAUCCUCGACAUGAAGCGUAAGUUCACCUGCCAGUGCUACCAGGGCUGGACCGGUGUUUACUGUGAGAUGCCCCAGGCUCCUCCCCUAGCUACCCGCUCGCCUCCCCGCCGUGAGCCUGGGCUGUUGGCCGAAGUAAUGCUCCUCUUGUCUCUCCAUUUCUCAUGUUUAUGCAUCAUCAUGUUCCUGGGACUUUGUCUCAUGAUCAAAUGUCUGAUCCUGUAGACAAAACUAAGUUUUGGCUU